AUGGAGCCUAAAGAAAAAACAAUGGAAGUUUUAAAUGCUAUGAUAAAAUUACCUUCCAGUGAUUCCAGAGUUGAUGGAGUGGCACCUCCAGUAUUGGCAGCUGAGCUUAUCACAAUGGAUCUACCAGCUGAAUUUUUAGCAACAGCAUUACAUUAUUUCUGUCUGUCAAAAAGAGAUGACAUAUUCCAGUCAACCAUCAUACCAUACCUAAUACUACAAAGACUAAUGAUGGAUGCCAUGUCGAAUAAAGCAUUGGACCAUACAAAAGUGAUCAUUGCAUGGCAUGGUGUUAUGGUCACUGCACAAG